GGCGAGGGCGAGGGCGAGACGACGAGCGCGCGCGCCCGGGUUCUACGUGGGCCUAGGGGCAGUACGGGGGGCGACGCAGGGGCGCGCGCUCCCUGGCUUGCCAGGCGGCCGCCAGCUUCCCGGGCUGGCCGGGAUGGCGCCUCCUCCGCCUUCCCCCCAGCUGCUUCUCCUGGCAGCCCUUGCGGGGCUCCUAGGUCCUAGUGAGGUAAGGCGACGCGCUGCCGAGCAGGCUUCGGCCUGGGAUCCCAAAGCGCUUUGCCGAAAGUUCGUCCUGGAAGGAGGGGUGGUGGCCGAGCCGGAGGAGGAAGUGGGAGCCCGUUGUCCCGAGGGCCUGUGGCCUCUGCCGCCACAGGUGUCACCGAGAGUGACUUACGCGAGGAGGAGCCGAUGGCAGGCCGAGGAUGUCCGCUUCUUCUACCACCCCUGCGCACAUCCUUGGCUGAAGCUCCAGCUUGCCCUCCUGGCCCACGUUUGUGUGGCCCAGCCCUCACUGGCCGCUGACGCUAGCCUUACUCAGGAGCGGCCCCUGGUGUUGGCAGCAUGGGGCGUGGUGCUGGAGAUGGCGUGGAUAGAGCCGGCCCAGGCUGCCCACUUGCUGAAGAGGAGGUGGUGGCGGAGGCAGAGGAAGAAGGCGUGGCUCUGCUCUGAUGGGCUUUCUGGGUCCUUGGUGCCAAGGCCAGGUAGAGGGAGGCUGUGCUGGAGAGGGUGUGUGCAGGCUCCAGCUUUGGCCUUUACUCUGUGGAGAUGGUGGCCCCCUGGUGCAGAGGAGGCAACUAGAGGGCCCAGGCACCUGUCUCCUGGUGGUGCCAAGAGGCGGGGGCUGCGGGCUGCCCUUGGUCUCCGGCCCACCCCCUCAGGCCCGAGGUUCUCCUCUGCUUCCCCGCAGAGCCAGAGGCCCCGGCAGCCAAUGUUGGCUGCCCGGGCUGCCGGGGGUGAGGCGCCAUCUGUGCCCACUCCCCCCAUGCUGCCUGAGGGGCUUGGAGGCAAUGCCAGCUCCAGGCUAGAGGCUCCAGUGCCCAAAGGGCAGAGCAGCUCAGGGAGCUGCACGUGUCCAGGGGAGGCUUCCCCAGCCCCUCAGGCAGCCGCGCCUCCGCGGGUGGCCCGGGGCCCCACCCCGCGCACGGAGGAGGCCGCUUGGGCUGCCAUGGCCCUGACUUUCCUGUUGGUGCUGCUCACUCUGGCCACGCUCUGCACUCGGUUGCAUCGAAACUUCCGACGGGGGGAGAGCAUCUACUGGGAGCCCACGGCCGACAGCCAGGAUACGGUGGCCGCUGUGCUCAAGAGGAGGCUGCUCAUGCCCCCGCGCCGGGUCAAGCGCUCCCGCCGGAGACCCCUGCUCCCACCUACGCCGGACAGCGGCCCAGAUGGGGACAGCUCCGACUGACCUGCCCUGGCCCUGCCACCGUGGCAGGUUUGCUUUGUCCCCCGGGAGGCCGCGACCUCUGCCACGUGGACCCUGUGCAGGGUCGCCCCCUGGUGGCCAGACGGAGCAGACCCGCCUCAGCACUGCGAAGGGGCUCGUCCCUGUGGUGUGUUCCGCUCUUCCGGUGAGGAAAGGGGCCCUUUCCGCCUCCCUUGCCUGUGUUUCUAAUUAAAUUAUUUUGGUAGAGUC